UAGUUUGGUAAUCAUAAAUAACUAAUUAUUCAACUAUCUAAGCACUUUUUUUUUUCUGAUUUUUAAUUCGAUCUUCACCACCGUGAAACUUUACCCAAAUUUGAGAUUUUCAAUUAAAUAUAUUUUUCUAUUACUACUAUGUUUCAAAAUUUUGUUUUACAAAUAAACUUUAAUAUUUAUAUUUUUUAAAAAGAAGAGGGACAGGUGUCACACAAAGAGGUAGAUAUAAAUUGCACGUCGGGCACGCACCACUAAGUUACACAAACACUUGGGCUUCUAUAAUCAAGAACCCACUAACUUGAUUCUCCGAUCACCAAGAGCUUCUGAAUAGAUUUUUAAAAAAAAGGGUUAUAAGAUGGGUUCAGGCAAAGGUGAAGUCAACGUAUUUAACAAGCGAGAAGAUUUAUCAGUGUCACUGGCCAAGUACAUUGCUGAGCUUUCAGACAAGUUCACCAAAGAGAGGGGCGCUUUCACUAUUGUUUUGUCUGGUGGUGAUCUCUUUGAGUCUCUCGGUAAAUUAGUGGAAUCUCCGUAUAAAGAAUCUUUGGACUGGUCGAAAUGGUUUGUGUUCUGGUUGGAUGAGAGAGUGGUUCCCAAGAAUCAUCCUGAUAGCAAUUAUUUGCUUGCCUAUGACCAUUUCCUCUCCAAGGUUCCUAUUCUCCCUGGUAACGUUUACGCUAUUAAUGAUGCUCUCUCGGCUGAAGGUGCAGCCGAUGACUACGAGACAUGUAUAAAGCAUCUGGUUAAUGAUACUCCUAUAAUCACUCGAUCUGCAAUUACUGGCUUCCCAAAAUUUGAUCUUAUGUUAGUAGGUAUGGGCCCAGAUGGACAUGUGGCUUCUUUGUUUCCUGGACAUCCUCUUGUGCAAGAGAACGAAAGGUGGGUCACCUUUAUCAAAGACUCUCCAAAACCACCUCCGGAAAGGAUUACUUUUACAUUUCCAGUAAUCAACUCCUCUGCAAAUAUAGCACUUGUGAUAGUUGGGGAAGCUGCAGCGCACGCAGUGCAUGUUACCCUUGACGAUGUUGAAGAUUCUAAUGUUUUGCCUAUCCAGAUGGUAUCACCUGAAGGGGAGUUGACAUGGUUCUUAGACAGUGGAGCAGCUUCAAAACUGAAGAGGGCACCUGAUGUAGCCAAGUGAGUUGACCCUUGUAAUGAGUAAACUACCCAUCUUUGUGUUUUGUGUUGUAUUUGAGGAGUUUUAAUAAUACUGAUGGUGAUCAAUCAAGAAGAGAUGUAUGUGUGCCCAACUUUUUUUGCCAACUGAUGGUUUUGUAGCUUGCAACUUCUAGUUAUAUAAAUGAUCUGUUCAAUCUCUCUUA